AUGGCCUCUUCUGCCUCUUCAGCUAUAGCGCGCAUCAGAGAAUCCGUGGAAGACUUUUCUUUCACAAACGGGACGUGUAAUGUUCCUCACGAAUUCUGCCAUUUCUACUUCAAAAGGCAAUUGGAAAGCACUGAAGCAAAAUUUCUGGACACUGCUAACGCAACUAAGGAGCAGCUAGCCAGUUGGAUUUCUGUAUGCGAACCUGCUCCCUUCGGACAAGGCACCGAAACGUUCCUGGACAAAUCCUACCGAAAGGCUCUCAAGCUCAAUCUAUUGCAAUUUGCUACACCGUUCGAUUUGGCUAUCACCAUAAUAUUACACAGCAUUCAGCAAGAUCUUGUGGAAACAGAUACUGCCCUUCGUCGUAUGAUUCGUGCUGAACCAUACAAGCUCAAUGUUUAUAUGGUGAAGACAUUCACAAUCGUGAUAGACGAGAGCUCCUUCUUCAAACCACACAGAGAUACUCCCUGUGGUCCAAACAUGCUCGGUUCUCUCGUCAUCAUCUUCCGUACCACCCACGAGGGCGGCGAAUUGAUUUUAACAGAGAAUAACAAAAGCUAG